AUGCAGACAGAAACCCCGGCCCGGCGCUGCGACCAGAAGAGCCCUCAAGGAUCCGGUGACAGUGGUGACGGGUGGACGCAGUCCUCCUCGCCAACCGAGGUUUACGACAUCGGUGCUGAUUCAGAGGACGACAUUGGUCACAUUUCUUCGGCAGUGCGUGCGCUCGACGUUGAAGGUGAUUAUGCUCCAUGGCACGAGAGGUCACCAUGUUCCUCACGGAAGGGCGCUAAGUAUGAUGUGUCCACCGCUGCCUCCAGUUGCAAUGCAGCGGAGGGUCUCACGGCCUCCAGCAAGGCCGAAGACCAAGCUGACGCUUGGAAUGUCGAGGACUGGGAUUCCCACCUUGCCCAGCUGCGCGAGGUUGCCACCCCCUGCAGAGCUUCUCCCAAUGCAAAUCUUAAGGUGGCAGAUACUGUGAGAGCGGAACUACAGGCAGACGUGGAGCUUCUGGUCCAAGAGGCAAUGGAUGAAAUGCGAUCAUGGCUUUCACAGGAAAUCGCCUUUGCCAGACGAAACCUCGAAGAGGUUCACGCAGAUAAACCUCAACCUCAGGCCAACGACGAGGUCGAGCUGUUGAAACAACGUGUGGAGGAGCAGGGGCUCACGCUGGAGAAGCUGAAGGAAGGCAAUGAUUUGGAGAAGCUGCGGAAGGACUUGCAGGAUCAAGCAAGGAUCAUCAGAAAAUUGGACGAUGCUGCCAGCAGCACGGAUGCGCGUUCGAGCACCACAUCAUCGGAGCGUGUCCUCGAGGCUCGAGCAGUGGCUGAAGAAAGGAAAUGGCGGCUGCGGCUGGAAACCUUCGAGUCCAGUGUUGCAAGGAGUGUGGAGCAGCUCGAAAGCUGCAAUCAAAGGAUAUUGGAACUGCAGGAGCGCACUGCGGCCAACGAAGCAGACCUUCAGCGAGGCCUUUGCUCAAGCCAGUCUGCAGAGAGACAAUGCGCUGAAACUACAAAAGAUGUGGGUCUGCUGCGAGUGUCUGCCGACAAGCAGGCCGAGGACAUGAAGCAACUGGAAAGGCAAGUGCGACGCCUGACUGCUGAGCUGGCGGCUGCGCAGGACGCAUCGAAUGUGGCUGUGAAGCUCGCGAACGGUCAAAAAGAUCUUGUGGGUGCUUUGGAAGAAACGUCAAGGGAACUUGCCUCUACGCAGAGGCAGCAGAAAGAGGAGAUGCUAUCUUUCGGAACAAGAUUACAAGAAGCCCUUGCUGGUGUGGCCGCCUGCAAGACCGAAACGAUGGCAGCACAAAGCCGGAUGGAUGCUGUGGCACAGCAAACCGAAGACACCUACAAGCAGGUUUUCAAAUCCGCCCACCAGAUGUCCAUGAACGAAGAAAGGCUUCAUGAUGCCAUGGAGGAGAUGCGAGCUCAAUCCCAGCAACUUGAGUCCGUGCAACCCCGCCUCAAGAUCCAUGAGGAUUCUGUCAGGCUUCUCGAAGAUCAGUACAGUCAGCAGGAGUCGAAAUUCUCAUCCAUGCAUCUCGCUGUUGGACGGAGAAUGGAGAAGCUUGAGCGAGAGGUGUCAACCACUGAGACGGAGCUGUCCACCAUGCAAAGCUGUUUGGAGGAGCACAAUGCUCACUUGUGCAGCUUGGACAAGCAGCGCUUGUCAUUGGCUGCCAAAGCAGCGCUGCAGGAGGAGCAUAUUCAGAAGAUGUGGGCAGCCGUCGAAGGCCUAGAAAACCAGGUGCACUCCGACCACAAAGAGCUGUUCCAAGUGUCGAGGUACGCUAAAGAGCAGGGUCAGGGCCUGGAAGAUCUUCGGACAGAAGUGCAAGCACAAUCCAAGGCAGCUUUGGCCUUGGACGGCAAGCUCGGGGCAUUGCAGUGCGAGAGCACAAGAGUGCUGGAUGAAAGUCGCGAGCAAGUUAAAAGCGCUUUGUCGGAGAGACAGGCCGAGGACUCUGAGAAGCUGCAGAAGAUCUGUCUGGAGAUAGAAUCUCUGAAGACGGACUCUCAAGAGCGGUCUAAGGUGCAAGCAGCUGUGAUGGACCGCCAGGAGGUGCAAGACGCACAGAACUCCAGGUAUGAUGGGAUACUGGAGAACCUGCUGCAGCAGAACACCAGCCUACUGGACCAAGCCUUCGUUUGGGAUGCCGACAUCAAGUGCGUGAUGCAGCGGGUUGGCAUGCUCGAGGACAAAGCAGAGUAUGCGGGGUCUGAGCUGGAUGGCUUGAGGCAGAGCGUUGCCGGAUUCACCAAUCAGCUUCAAGAGGAAGUCGAGUCUAUGCAGCGAAGUCAGAGCAGCACCAGCGAGGUUGCCACCUGGCUUCAAAGAGAGAUGUCGACACAAGUGAGCCGAACUGAGAUGCAACAGAUGCAUUCAGAACUACAGGACUGGGUGACAGCUACUCGCCAGGAGAUGGACCGUUGGCUUUCAUCAUCCCUGGAUAAAUUUCAGAAGGAGCAAGGCUUGGUCCUGCAAAAUCAUCAAGGCUGGAUGCAUCGUGUAAAGCGCUGGGUGGAGAAGAUACACAUUCGCGAGCAGGGCCUAAGUCACGUCAUUCUGCACAUCCUGCAAGAGGGCUCACCCGACAUGGUGAAGUUGCUGGAGGAGGCUUUGAAGAUGCCUCGGAAGCCAGCCACGAGUCCCGGCUGUGAGUAA